AUGAAUAGGGAAGGUACACGGAAGUCGGGAUCCGUUGACAAUAGCAAUGGCAAACAAAACAUACCCUGGAGUCAACGCCUCCAUCAUUUCACAUGGUCUUCGUUCGAAGUGACGAUGUCUACGGGAGCUCUGGCAACAUUGAUCGGCCAGCAGACUUACAAAAUUCCCGGCAACGAUGCAAUUGGAUGGUUCUUCGCCAUCUUGAACGUCAUACUAUUCAUCACCUUCACUGGAUGCAUCAUCUAUCGAUUCACAUCAGUCCGCGGCAGCCUGACUAAAAGCCUUCACCACCCUCAUGAAAGCUUCUUCUUUGGCGCCUACUUUGUCAGUCUUGCGCUCAUCUUGUACUGCGCCGACCUAUACGUGGCCAUCGAGACGCUCUACUGGACCUUCGCUGUCAUCGUUGCACUGGUUGCGGUCCUGCAGUUCCACUUCAUCUUUGACAGUGUGAAGCUUCCAGUCACAAACGCCCUCCCUGCUUGGAUCUUGCCGGUAUAUCCUUUUUUGAUGCUUGGCGUGGUUGGGAGUGCCAUACUGAAGAAUCAACCUGCAACGGCCGGCCUUCCAAUCUUUAUCGGCAGCAUUGCUUUCCAAGGCCUUGGUUGGACUGUCGCUUACUUCUUUUUGACUAUCUAUGUCACACGUCUUGUCAAUAGUGAUCUUCCAGCGCCUCCGAAAAGACCCGCAAUGUUCGUGGCUGUGGGACCGGCAGCUUACACUGUCAAUACUUUUGUUGCACUUGGUAUGCAAGCACCAAAACACAUACCCAAGGGCUUUCUUGGUAUUGAUAGCAUCCCGGUUGGAGACGUGUUCAAAGCUGUCGCUAUUCUCGUUGGUGUCUUUAUGUGGCUCGUAUCCUUCUGGUUCAGCGCACUCAGCACUGUCAGCGUACUCAUCUCCGCGAAUAAAUCACACUUCACCCUUAAUUGGUGGGCUUUUAUCUUCCCGAAUGUUGGCCUAGUCACUGCGCUUCUUCAAAUCGCAGAAGCCCUUGAGCUCAAUAGCGUACAGGUGGUCUGCGCCGUGGCGACAGGCGUUCUUACUUUACUCUGGAUAUUCUGCGCUGUCAUGCACGUCCGUGCAUUGUUACGAAGGGAAAUUCUAUGGCCUGGACAAGAUGAGGAUAUGGAAGACAUCAACGGUGAUACAGACGACAUGGAUGGUGACGAAGGUGGUGAUUCCUAA